AUGCCAGGCCCAAGACCUCGGAAGGGUCCUAAGGCCAGUGGCCAGGGUGUGGCAGCUGCCAAACAGCUGGGGCUCUUUGUGGAGUUCAACCCUGAGGACAUGCUGCUGGGAGUGGAAGAGACAGAAGAUGACGCGGACCUGGAGGCAGAGUUGCUGGCCCUCACUGGAGAGGCAGGGCCGGGGGCCAAGAAGCCAGCACCCAAAGGGCAGGCUCCCUUGCCCAUGGCUCACAUUGAGAAGUUGGCAGCGGACUGUAUGCGGGAUGUGGAAGAGGAGGAAGAGGAGGAAGGGCUGGAGGAGGAUGCAGACUUGCUGAGUGAGCUGCAGGAGGUCUUGGGUGUGGAGGAGGAAGAGGCUGGGACCCUGGAUGGCGACAUGGCAGCCAGCCUGGGUGGCUCUGAGGAGGACAAGAAGGGGCAGGAAAGCACUGACCCUCCAGUGCAGACAUUCCCAGGGGCUCAGGUUGAAAGGCCUCCAGGGCUGCAGACCCUGCUGGAGGAGCGGCUCCAUAACUACCGCUUGGCGGCAGCCAGUGCCAAGGAAGCAGGGGAAGCAGCCAAGGCCAGGCGCUGUGAGCGAGGUGUGAAGACUCUCGAGUCCCAACUGGCAGCAGUGAGGAAAGGCAGGAAGAUCAAUGAAGAUGACAUCCCACCUCCAGUCGCCUUGGGCAAGAGGCCCAUGGCCUCCCAGGAAGCAGCCAACAGGAGCCCUGAGGCAGAUGCCCCAGUGCCCCAGGCUGUAGAACCAGACAUCCUGUCCCAGCCUGAGACAAGCCCUUUGGACAGUCCUGGCAUUGCUGCCCCACUGGAUUCAGAUCCAGACCCUCGGGCUCUGCUGUUGGACCGACAAAGAGCGUAUAAGAUGGCUGCACUUAAUGCCAAACGGGCUGGAGAUCUGGAUCAUGCCCGAGAGCUCAUGAAGACUGGGAAGAGGUUUGGUGCCAUCCUGGAGGCCUUGGAUCGAGGACAGCCCGUGGACCUGAGUGCUAUGCCCCCAGCACCUGAGGACCUGAAACCACAGGUGUCCAAGGCCCCCACAACACUUUCAGUGGUAUCCCCGGCAGUGGAGCGAGUGCAGCCCGUGAUGGCCCCGGCGACGCCAGUGGCCCCUGCAGAACCACAGACUGUGCUGGAUGCCCUGCAACAGAGGCUUAGCAAGUACCAGGAGGCAGCUGCCCAGGCCCGGGGCGGCGGCAAUGAGCGCAAGGCCCGCAUGCACGAGCGCAUCGCCAAGCAAUAUCAAGAUGCCAUUCGAGCGCAUCGAGCUGGUAGGAAACUUGACUUUGCUGAGCUGCCUGUACCUCCGGGGUUCCCCCCACUCCCGGGCCUGGAGCCCACUCUGGGCACUGCAGAGGAUACACUGGCAGCUGCACUAGCAGCUGCUCAGAAGCUGGCCACGUCAGAGGAUGCAGCCCCAGCAGAGGAAGAUGAGGAGGCUGAGGUUUGGCACCUACAGGAUGAACCCCCAGCCCAGGCUCCAGUGGCAAAGAAGCCAGCACAAUCUUUGGUCCCUUCAUCCCGACCACAGCCUGAGCCCAAGCCUUCAGGUUCUAAGGAAUCACUGAGUCCAUCAGUGCGGGAGCAAUUGGCAAUGCUGGAGGCCCGGAAACUGCAGUACCAGCGGGCAGCCAUUCAGGCCAAGCGUGGCCAAGACCUGGAGCAGGCCAAGGCCCAUCUGCGGGUGGCCAAAGGUCUUGAGGCCCAGAUCAUCCAGGUUCGAGCUGGCCACCCUGUCAAUCUCUCCAAGGUGCCUUCACCCUUGACAGAUGAGGAGGGUGACUUCAUCUUCAUCCACCACGAGGACCUGAGACUCUCCCAGAAAGCUGAGGAGGUUUAUGCCCAGCUACAAAAAUUGCUUUUGGAACAACAUGAGAAAUGCCUGCUAUUCUCCAAGCAGUUCAUGCACCAGGGCAGUGUAGCGGAGACCACUCGGUUUGAGAAGCUUGCUCAGGACCGCAAAAAGCAACUGGAGAUCCUGCAACUGGCUCAAGCCCAGGGCCUUGACCCUCCCAGUCACCACUUCGAGUUGAAGACAUUCCAGACUGUACGGAUCUUCUCAGAACUCAAUAGCACAGAAAUGCAUCUGAUCAUUGUCCGGGGAAUGAACCUCCCAGCCCCUCCAGGGGUGACCCCGGAUGACUUGGAUGCAUUUGUGCGAUUUGAGUUCCACUACCCUAACUCGGACCAGGCGCAGAAAAGCAAAACCAGCGUGGUGAAGAAUACAAACUCGCCAGAAUAUGAUCAACUCUUCAAACUAAACAUCAACCGAAACCACCGGGGCUUUAGGAGGGUGAUUCAAAGCAAAGGAAUCAAGUUUGAAAUCUUCCACAAAGGAUCCUUCUUCAGAAGCGACAGACUGGUCGGCACAGCCCAUCUGAAGCUGGAGCGACUGGAGAAUGAGUGUGAGAUCAGGGAGAUUGUGGAGGUCCUUGAUGGACGGAAGCCCACUGGAGGAAAGCUGGAGGUGAAGGUGAGGCUGCGGGAGCCUCUGAGUGGCCAGGACAUGCAGACGGUCACAGAGAACUGGCUGGUCCUAGAGCCCAGGGGCCUAUGA